AUGCCUGCGGAAGCAGAGAGCAGAGCCCACACCCAGCAGCCAGGAACCCACAGCCAGCACCCAGCAGCCAGGAGCCCCCAGCCCGCACCCAGCAGCCCACACCCAGCAGCCAGGAACCCACAGCCAGCACCCAGCAGCCAGGAGCCCCCAGCCCACACCCCGCAGCCCACACCCAGCAGCCAGGAACCCACAGCCAGCACCCAGCAGCCAGGAGCCCCCAGCCCGCACCCAGCAGCCCACACCCAGCAGCCAGGAACCCACAGCCAGCACCCAGCAGCCAGGAGCCCCCAGCCCACACCCCGCAGCCCACACCCAGCAGCCAGGAACCCACAGCCAGCACCCAGCAGCCAGGAGCCCCCAGCCCACACCCCGCAGCCCACACCCAGCAGCCAGGAACCCACAGCCAGCAGCCAGCAGCCAGGAGCCCCCAGCCCACACCCCGCAGCCCACACCCAGCAGCCAGGAACCCACAGCCAGCAGCCAGCAGCCAGCAGCCCUCAGCCCGCACCCAGCAGCCGGCAGCCCGCAGCCAGCAGCAAGGAGCUGAGCUCGCAGCCGGCAGCCCGCAGCCAGCAGCCCUCAGCCAGCAGCCGCUCACCUCCGCACACAGCUGAUCGUUUGCGCUGCCACAGCCGCGGGUCGCUGCGGGCCCGGGCAGCUCCGCCGCUAUUUAUGCAGCCCGGGCGGCCCCCGCAGCUUCCACGCAAGCCUGGGACACAAGCGCCAGGCUUGGACUUUAGCAAGGUCACGACGUGGAAGCGCCUGACGUGCGCUCAGCCCUGA